AUGGCUCAGAAACAACGAGCAUGUGAUAUUAUCGGGCAGGCAUUACGCAAUUCACAACAAAUAAAGCUUCAGAAAAUUCGAAGAAAAAUCAAUUUUGAUGUUCAACCAGACGAGGACAUAAAUAGUACGCAACUGCGGUCCAAUCAUCAUGAAUCUUGGAAGGCUUUUCAUCACAAUCUUAAUUACGCAACUGCGGUCCAAUCAUCAUGA